GUGACCUUGGUUGAGAGCCUAGGACUGACUGUCGAUAAUUCGUGUUUCUUUCAUACAAAAUCUCAUUUAUUUUUGGUACUAAGAAACGUAAUGGACUCGGAUUCUGAAAGUUAUGAUUCUGGAUUCGAAUUAGAUCCAGGAGACAUAGAUCCCAGCCGGGACAAUGAUAUAAGCCCCAAAGAAGUAGAAAGGCUAAAACUUAGCAAAACUCAAGAUCGACAGAGGUGGAUUGUAAGACUUCAAUUCAAACAAAAUGGAGAAGAUAGAGAAGGGAAUGGCUUCUAUGUCAACAUACCACAUCCUACGCACCAUAUCAUCCUCACUGCUGGUCAUAACCUUGUCGGUGUGAAAAAGGAAGACUUAAAGAUAUAUCAAGCUUCGAAGAAAACGAGUCCCGAUCCUGCUGAGUUUUAUGUCUCAACUGUAUACCAAAAGAAAUAUACUGAUGAGCGGAGAAACCCCAAGAAAGCAACUCAAGAGCAAGAAGAGGCAGAUUUUGGUGCCAUUUUAGUGAAAAAGAAUUUUAAAUAUCCAUAUCUAGGUUUUGGAUUUGCCUUGAAACUCGGAUUUGAUGUACUCGAUCAAGCUCGUUUUGAUCUCACUGGCUAUAAAGAUGCCGACGACAAUACAGGUGGCGACGACAAUAACGACGAUGACGAAAAUCAGGCCCCAGGCCAGAGCCAGAAAGAAAAGCCAAAAUGGGAUGCAGUUACAAGCGAGGGAAAAUGCACCGCUUGCCUACCUAAUCAGCUCGAGUAUGAGAUGGAAACUGAGAAAGGCUUUAGCGGAGCACCUGUAAUCAUGCCUCAUAAAGAUCACGAUACUGCUGUUGCUAUCCACAACUACGGCCCUUCGAACGGUAGAAAAAGUAGGGGGACUCGCAUCAACGAGAAGCUUCUCGACGAGGUCUAUGGUUGGCUUCAAAUAGGCUUUUACGACAAAGCUCUUCAAGCUUCUAUGACUAGCCUUGGCCCAUUACAAGAGCGUCUAUAUCUUGUCUUCACCCCAGACAGCAAUCGUGCAGUGGUAAGGCUCGGGUAUGACCAAGAGAUUGUGACCAAGUUUGAUAUCCUGCCUGCUUAUGCGCCACCUUCAAACCAUGGCUUUCCAAACGACUUUCGAUAUGUCUUCCGGCUAAAGCCAGCAAAAGGAAAAGUACCGGAGAAACGCUGGGUGCUUUGGAACGCUGCCAGGCAAACUGUCAGCUUGACCAGCUCUCUGAGAGAUUUCUGCUUUGUGAGUCUUCUCGAGGAUAAGGCACGGAGAUCAGUGGAGCUGGAGAGAGGCAGAGACGAAAAGAUCUACUACGUCCACGUCGAGAUGAAAAAUGGUCAAGGAGAGUCAACUGAACUAAAAGAGCUUCGGAUGAGAGCCGCUGAUCUCACAGAAUCUGACAUUGUGUUGGACUCUCUAGAGACUUCAGAGGUCUUCUUCGAGCGACACAAGAGAGGGAAAUUCCUGUUUGGGAAGAUUCCGUGUAUGCCAACAGUUCUGUAUAAACCAGCAAUCCAAUGGGAGGAAUUUGACUUUAACUUAUUUCGUUUCUACUCCGGGUGAGCUUGAGCGAAAUAUGAAGAAACUUGAAGUUCAUGAUGGAUUGCCUUGAGUACAGGUAGAUAUCCUAUAAAUGAAGGCUAUUAAAAACGGAAAAUAUCUUGUCUCUUUAUAUAGUACUGUUAUAUCUUUCAUUAUAUCUUUAU